ACGAAAAUACACCGUUUACCGCUGCUCUCAGUUCUAGUCCCUCUAUCAAAGCUCAACACAACAUACACACUGUUGUUCACUGCGAAGAUUGAAAGCUAAAUCGGUGCCCUAGCCUGCUGAAGAUGGCCUCGCUUGAUACCGACGUCGAUAUGGUUCCCGCCGGCGAUGGAUCCUCCGGCGCCGGGCCCUCCACCAUCAAUCCCCCAUCGUCCACCAAGAAACCAAAGCGAUUCGAGAUCAAGAAGUGGAACGCCGUCUCUCUCUGGGCUUGGGAUAUCGUGGUCGAUAAUUGUGCCAUUUGCAGGAAUCAUAUCAUGGAUCUCUGCAUUGAGUGUCAGGCUAAUCAGGCCAGCGCCACAAGCGAGGAAUGCACAGUUGCAUGGGAUCUUUGGUUGAGAUUUCCUUUGCUUUGGAGAGUGGAGACAAGCAUAUCUUGCUGGAACUCAAAAGAUAGCAUGCCAUAAUCUUAUGUACAUCUAUGCAUGAGAUCCUCUUGCUUGCACUGAAAUUUCUGACGCGUGCUGCAGUACCUUUUCAUUUUUAUUUCUCUUGUAGUCACCUAUUUAUUUGCUUUAACUAGGAAUUAGGAAGCUUUGAAAUUUGUAUUUAGUUCUAUUUUGGAGUUGCUAAAGAGGUUACAUGGUGAUUAUUAUUAUAUCUUGCAGUUGCAGAACUUUAAUGUAACUUACUGUUCAACUAUUUGGCUUUUAUAAUAUCUGUGGGUAAUUCUACUGUUUUACAUUCCC